UUGAACGCAUUCUCUAUGGGGCCUUGGCUACCCCAAAGCUUCAAAGAGGAGGCUGCAGUGAAUCAUCAGAUCGAGAUGGCGUUUAGUGAAGAGCAGGAAGCGCUUGUGGUGAACUCGUGGAAUGUGAUGAAGAAGGAUGCAGCAUCAAUUUCCCUCAAGUUCUUCCUGAAGAUAUUUGAGAUUGCGCCAUCAGCAAGGCAACUUUUCUCUUUUCUCCGUGACUCCGACGUGCCUCUUGACAAGAACCCAAAGCUCAAGGCCCAUGCCAUGUCCGUUUUCACCAUGACAUGCGAGUCAGCAGUUCAGCUAAGGAAGUCCGGCGAGGUGACGGUGAGGGAAACGACUCUGAAGAAGUUAGGCUCAACUCAUUCAAAGGCUGGAGUUGCCGACGAACAUUUCGAGGUCGUAAGGUUCGCAUUGUUGGAGACCAUAAAGGAGGCAGUAACAGAUAUGUGGACGGAAGAGAUGAAGAACGCCUGGGAGGAAGCUUUUGAUCAAGUCGCUGCAGCAAUUAAAGAAGAGAUGAAGCACCUUAAGUCCGCAUAAAGCUGCUGUUCUAGGCGGUUGUACUCUUGGCUUUAUAUGAAGUUCAAUCUUAAUCUAGGUUGUGAUGCAUCAAUCAGUAAUUUUUAUUUAUAAUAAGAUAAUAUAUCACAAAAAGGUAUUGUGCACUUUUAUAUUUGUAAGCUUGUAAACCUGCCUUGUACACCGCGAAAAAUAGGUUUACUUUGAUGCACAUACAUACAUUUAAUUUGACACAUAUUUUUUGUU